AGGCGGCGGGCUGGAGGGAGGAGGCCGCAGGCCGGAGGGAGGAGGCUGCAGGGAGGAGGAGGCGGCGGGAGCGCCGCCCGCACGGCCCGCCCAGCCUCCCGGCCCCGCGCCGCGCGAGCCCGCUUUGUGCUCCCGCAGAAGAUGGGAGCCGGCUGGGGCCGGCCGCGCGCCCAGUGAGGCCCCGCCAGCAGGCCGGCGCCGUCGGGGGUCUGCUCGGGGGCAGCCAUGUUGCCGCUCAGCCUGCGGCCCGCCUGGCCGGCCGGGCUUCACCUGCUGGCCCUCGUGGCCCUCCUCUUCUCCCACGUGGAGCACCUCCAGGCCGAGCCUGAGGCCGAAGGGGAAGGCAACGGCACCGCGGAGUGCACGGGCUCCUACUACUGCAAGAAGGGGGUGAUCCUGCCCAUCUGGGAGCCGCAGGACCCCUCCUUCGGGGACAAGAUCGCCCGCGCCACCGUGUACUUCGUGGCCAUGGUCUACAUGUUCCUGGGCGUGUCCAUCAUCGCCGACCGCUUCAUGUCGUCCAUCGAGGUCAUCACGUCGCAGGAGAAGGAGAUCACCAUCAAGAAGCCCAACGGGGAGACCACCAAGACCACCGUGCGGAUCUGGAACGAGACGGUGUCCAACCUGACCCUCAUGGCCCUGGGCUCGUCCGCCCCCGAGAUCCUCCUCUCGGUCAUCGAGGUGUGCGGCCACAACUUCACGGCGGGCGACCUCGGCCCCAGCACCAUCGUGGGCAGUGCCGCCUUCAACAUGUUCAUCAUCAUCGCGCUGUGCGUCUACGUGGUCCCCGACGGCGAGACCAGGAAGAUCAAGCACCUGCGCGUGUUCUUCGUGACGGCCGCCUGGAGCAUCUUCGCCUACACCUGGCUCUACAUCAUCCUGUCCGUCAUCUCGCCGGGCGUCGUGGAGGUGUGGGAGGGGCUGCUGACCUUCUUCUUCUUCCCCAUCUGCGUGGUGUUCGCCUGGGUGGCCGACCGGCGCCUCCUGUUCUACAAGUACGUCUACAAGAGGUACCGGGCCGGCAAGCAGCGCGGCAUGAUCAUCGAGCACGAGGGUGACCGGCCCUCGUCCAAGACAGAGAUCGAGAUGGACGGCAAGGUGGUCAACUCCCACGUGGACAACUUCCUGGACGGCGCGCUGGUGCUGGAGGUGGACGAGCGGGACCAGGACGACGAGGAGGCCCGGCGGGAGAUGGCCCGGAUCCUGAAGGAGCUCAAGCAGAAGCACCCGGACAAGGAGGUGGAGCAGCUCAUCGAGCUGGCCAACUACCAGGUGCUGAGCCAGCAGCAGAAGAGCCGCGCCUUCUACCGCAUCCAGGCCACGCGCCUCAUGACCGGGGCCGGCAACAUCCUCAAGCGGCACGCGGCCGACCAGGCGCGCAAGGCGGUCAGCAUGCACGAGGUCAACACGGACAUGACGGACGGCGACCCCAUCAGCAGGAUCUGCUUCGAGCAGGGCACCUACCAGUGCCUGGAGAACUGCGGCACGGUGGCGCUCACCAUCGUGCGCCGGGGCGGGGACCUGACCAGCACGGUGGUCGUGGACUUCCGGACGGAGGACGGCACGGCCAACGCGGGCUCGGACUACGAGUUCACGGAGGGCACGGUGGUCUUCAAGCCCGGCGAGACGCAGAAGGAGAUCCGCGUGGGCAUCAUCGACGACGACAUCUUCGAGGAGGACGAGAACUUCCUGGUGCACCUGAGCAACGUGCAGGUGUCGGCCGAGGCGCCCGAGGACGGCGUCCUGGAGGCCAACCACGUGUCGGCGCUGGCCUGCCUGGGCUCCCCCUGCACGGCCACCGUCACCAUCUUCGACGACGACCACGCCGGCAUCUUCACCUUCGAGGAGCCCGUGACGCACGUGAGCGAGAGCAUCGGCGUCAUGGAGGUGAAGGUGCUGCGCACGUCGGGCGCCCGCGGGAACGUCAUCGUGCCCUACAAGACCGUCGAGGGCACCGCCCGGGGCGGCGGGGAGGACUUCGAGGACUCCUGCGGGGAGCUGGAGUUCCAGAACGACGAGAUCGUCAAAACAAUCUCAGUCAAGGUAAUUGAUGAUGAGGAGUAUGAGAAAAACAAGACCUUCUUCCUUGAGAUCGGAGAGCCCCGCCUGGUGGAGAUGAGUGAGAAGAAAGCCCUGUUGUUGAGUGAGCUUGGUGGCUUCACACUAACAGGAAAAUGCCUGUAUGGCCAGCCCGUCCUCCGGAAAGUCCAGGCGCGCGAGUUUCCCGGGCCCUCCACCGUAGUCUCCAUCACAGACGAGUACGACGACAGGCAGCCGCUGACCAGCAAGGAGGAGGAGGAGCGGCGCAUCGCGGAGCUGGGCCGGCCCGUGCUGGGGGAGCACACGCGGCUGGAGGUCAUCAUCGAGGAGUCCUACGAGUUCAAGAGCACUGUGGACAAGCUCAUCAAGAAGACCAACCUUGCGCUGGUGGUGGGCACCAACAGCUGGCGGGAGCAGUUCAUCGAAGCCAUCACCGUGAGUGCCGGGGAGGACGAUGACGAGGAUGAGUGCGGGGAGGAAAAGCUGCCGUCUUGCUUCGACUACGUGAUGCACUUCCUGACUGUGUUCUGGAAGGUUCUCUUUGCCUUCGUGCCCCCGACCGAGUACUGGAAUGGCUGGGCCUGCUUCAUCGUGUCCAUCCUCAUGAUCGGCCUGCUGACGGCCUUCAUCGGGGACCUGGCCUCCCACUUCGGCUGCACCAUCGGCCUCAAGGACUCCGUGACGGCCGUGGUGUUCGUGGCGCUGGGGACCUCCGUGCCAGACACGUUCGCGAGCAAAGUGGCGGCCACUCAGGACCAGUACGCCGACGCCUCCAUCGGCAACGUCACGGGCAGCAACGCGGUCAACGUGUUCCUGGGCAUCGGCGUGGCCUGGUCCAUCGCCGCCAUCUACCACGCGGCCCAUGGGGAACAGUUCAGAGUGUCCCCCGGCACGCUGGCCUUCUCGGUCACGCUCUUCACCAUCUUCGCGUUCGUCAACGUGGGCGUGCUGCUGUACCGGCGGAGGCCCGAGAUCGGAGGUGAGCUGGGGGGGCCCCGGACGGCCAAGCUCCUCACCUCCAGCCUCUUCGUGCUCCUCUGGCUCUUGUACAUUUUCUUCUCCUCCCUGGAGGCCUACUGCCACAUAAAGGGCUUCUAGAGGGACCCGCAGGUAGAGCGAGUUUAUACAUAAAUAUAUAUAUAUAUACGUACAUAUCUAUACGAACCAGACUGUAGGAGGGAGGACCCGACAGCGGCCGCGCCCCGCCCCGCCGUGGAACCAGCUUCCAGAGCCGCGCGACACCCGCCGGGGCCUCUCUGCAGCCCCCCCAGGACCACCGAGCACUGUCUGCUUCCUGCUUUGGCCGGGUGCGGCGGGGACACAUUGUUGCUGCCUCAUUUCCUUCUGUUGUGUUGGGGGGCGCCAGCUGCCCUGGGGGAGGGGUGACCCUCGGCCAUGCACGAGGCCCGGGGUGACGCUGAGUGGCCCCCACCCCCGCUCCUCGGGAGCCAGGCAGCCUGGGGGCGGCAGGGUGGGCACGGGCCCCGCGGCGCCCUGGGGGUGAUGUCCCAGGUCCCGCCUCAGCCCCAGAUGGCGGCGCCGGGCUCAGAGCCUGCUCAGGCCACACUGGGCCCAGAACCCCUCCGGCGCCUGCUCCCGGGGCUCUGGGCUGUGAGACCCUCCGACUCCACCAUCCGCUCUCUCCAGCCCCCUCCCUGGGGGGCCCCUGCCCGCCCCCGCCCCGGCACCACCACGCGGGCAGGAGGCGUCGCCCUCCCAAAGCUCUCCGCCCUGCCCGGUUGGGGCCUGUCUCUGCCGCGUGCUGACCCUGGGCGCGGAGAUGCUGGCUGGACUGGUCAGAGUCUGGGUCACGGGGUCUGGCUCCCACCAGGGCGGUCACAGGGGGGCACUGUCCAAGCAGCAGUGACUGUCCUGCUGACGGCGCUCCAGAGCCGGAGCAGACGCGCAAGGGGUCUCGGCCGGGCACCCCCGGGCUCGGGGGCUGGCAGAGAGACCGCGGCAGCCUCUGUCCCUCCCUCCCCCCCCAUAUUUAUUUCACAUCUGCUCUGUCUGGUACAGACGGCGGAUCGCUCCUUCCCCGCUUGGAUUUUCAUGGAAAGGCUAUUUUGAGCCCCAUUUCCUCGCCCGCUCAUGCUCGCACCCGAGUUCUGAGAAAAGCCCAGUGACCUCCAGGUCGUGGGGGGGAGGGGGCACAAAUGGCACUUCCGGGUCACAGUGCCCAGGAGCAUGACUAGAGUGGGAAGGACACGGGGGACGGCCAGGACAUGCCCCUGCCCUGGGCCUGGGGCUGUGCGGGGUGGGGGUCUCCCCCCAGCCCUCCCAGAGGAGCCGUCACUCAGGACCCUCGGGGACCAGCAGGAGCCUCAUGCUGGCCGCCUCCACCCGCAGGCCAGCUCCAGCUUCCUCUCGGCUCUCAGUGGCCAUCUGGGGGGGAGGGGGAGGGGCUGCCAGGAAACGUUUCUAGCUGGGAAGGAGAGGUGUCGCCAGCCUGCAGCCAGCCACUGUCCAGUCCACGAGGGCCUUAGGAGGGAGCGCCCCUGUGUCCCACAGACCCCCAAGCUGCCAGCUGUGCCCACCCCCACCUCCCACACCCGGUCAUUACAUCAGAGGCCCGGGAAUGCCCGGUGACCCCUUGUCACUGGAUCCAGACACCCCCCCCCCGCCCCGCCUUGUGGUUCCUCUCCUGGGGGCCCCCGGGCCUGUUGUGCAUGGGGACCCUUCCUAACCCCUCUUCAUUUUUUCUUUUGAAGAUUUGCUAACGGAAAAGCUAGCCUAGGAACACCGCGUACAUAUAGCCCAAGGAUGUGAGUUGUUGAAACAUUAGAACAAUUUUGCACACAUUUUCAGCCAUACUGGGAAGCCGACGAUCCCGUAGUGAAUUUCCGCAGAGGACUUAGAGAUUCUGGCCUUUGGUCGACUUCAAAGCUUUGGGGCGGGGGGUGUUUGCUUUCUCAAAGGUCCAUGCGUAGGGAAGCGCAGUUGUGGUUGUGCAGGGUUGACUGUAGUUGUAUACGAGCGUUUCCUUCUCCGCUGGCUUCCUUUGCGCGUGUGUUGCACGGGUAGGGGGGCGGCGAGGGCCCCGGCGGCCUCCCGGCCCACGUCGCCCACACAGACAAAUAAAGUUUCUGAUGAUUUCCGA